CCACAAUGCCCCACUAACCGCCAGCAACAAGGAAGUGUGACAGAGAUAGGGAAACGUCAACUUUGUUGUUAUCUCUCGCUAGGUCUAUAUUACUGUGUUUUACUAGCUAUUCGCAUAUGAUCACGCACAUCUGAAAUAAUGGCAGGAAAGACCCAGCAGCUCAACGAGUCUAUAGUUAUCCGCAGCCUCAGGCGGUUCAGAGACAGAUAUUUUCCAAAUAGUGAAGUUGUCAAAAAUGACAUUCCAGAAACAGACACGGGAGAAGAACCUCAACCGGGAUUUUUGGAUAGAUUACCGGUGGAUGUACAGUUCGUGAUCAUGACUUUUCUGUCUCCUGCGGAUAUCUGCUGCCUGGGAGCCACCAGUCGGUACUGGAGGGCCAUGGUUAGAGAUCCAUUACUCUGGAGAUACUUCCUGCUCAGGGACAUGCCAUACUGGCCCUCCAUUGAUCAUGUGACCAUGCCCCAAUUGGAGUUGUUGGAUGCACCAUUAAUCAAUGAAGAUGAGAGCCUGGAUGAUAGAGAAGAGGGGGAAGCCAAAGGGAUGGAAUCAAAAUUUGACUACAUGUCAGAAUACUUGAAAGGCUGCCCAUCCUGCAGACAACAAUGGCUUCCUUCACGGCCAGCGUAUCAGGUUGUGACCUCAUUUCUGCAGUCUCUGGUGCCCUCAUCUGAACCACGUUAUGCCAUGUUUGGCCCUGGCAUGGAGCAGCUGGAUGUCUCUUUAGUCACAAGGCUCAUGCAUGCCCCAGAUGUGCUUCCUGUGUCGGGCACUCCAAACAGACAGAUAAAUGGUAUCGGCUCAGGGAUCAGUUACAUGUUCAACAACCAGCACAGAUUUAAUAUCCUGACUCUGUAUUCAACCAAUAGGGCAGAGAGGGAAAGAGCCAGAGUGCAGCAGCAGAGCAUCAGUAAUAAACUUUUCACCUUUGAAGGAACAGAUAACUUAGGCAACCCAAUCUACAGCCCUGCUCCUCAGGUCCAGCAAGUGUGCCAGGUGGUGGAUGGUUUCAUCUAUGUAGCCAAUGCAGAGCCUGGGAGAGUAGGUGAGGGGGAGUCCGAGGUGGCUCAGAUUCGGGCUGUGCUGAGCUCUGCUGGGGGUUCGGAAUCCAGGCCUCUGCUGGUGCUCUCCUGUGUCUCCAGAGAAGAACCGGAAGCAGUCAGGUCAACCAGCUUGCAAACUAUUACCAGCAGAAACAGGACCAGGUUUCAGACUCCCUGUGUUGACAUGGCAAAGAGACUCGGCCUACCCCAACUUGCUAACCCCUGGAUGGUGCAGGAUACAGUAGCAGAAUCUCUGUCAGGUCUUCUGGAUGGUGUUUCCUGGUUGCUGAGAUGUUCAGGAGUCAAACUAUGGUAGCUAGUUACCUAAUUUCUGCUGCUACUAGAUGAAUUUAGACUACAGACCUCAUUACUGCCUCAUCCUGAUGCCGAGUCACACUACAGCAAUUCCUGAGUAAUGUAUACCACAUGUGUACUGAAUGUCUCAGGAUUGGAGCACUGCCCGUGGAAUUUAAUGAAUUGGAUGAGCAGCAGAACUGAUGGGUUUCUAACUAUCAUUCAUCUAGGAGAACUGGCAAAGACCCCAUUCUUAUUUACAGAAAGAGCCAUAUGAAGGAGUUAUAGCAGGAUAGAAGGUUAUACAAACAUGUGGGAGCUUCACAGUAACCCCACAAACUGCUUUUGUUUAACGUUCUAUGGAGCAGCAGGGUAAUAAAUUCUUUUCUUCAUAUUGUGACACUGUUUUACAAUUGGUGAGCUGCUGACUAAUCUGGUGGCCCACUGUUUGGUUUAAAAAGGGAUAGAGAUUGUACAUUUUUUUGACAGGACAUUUUUUUCAAUGUUUUAUUAAGCACUCAUAAUGUCAAUAUGUAAAAACAUGGCUUCAAGUUAUGUUCAAAGUAGUUUCUGUUUGUGGAAUUUAUAAUUUUUUGCCAAGAACACUGCUUGUUCUUUGACUCCCGACCCCAAAGUUUUACAGUUAAGAGUGUGUGCCAACAACCUUCCUGCAAAAAGUCAGCUUAAUUGACUUUCAGACAAAAUCCACUGCUUUCUGAUCAGUGAGUUACACUCAUAUACUGCAAAGACAUGGUUUUUAGAGCUAAAAUAUAAUACAAGCAAUUGAAUUUAUUUACUUAAUUUUAAAUAUUUUAUGUUUAUGCAAUUAAAUGUUUCCUUUUAAUAAAUGCUGAAUAAUUCCGA